AUGUCUGACUCUACCUUUGGUAACUGUUUAGCUGCAUUUUCAUGUCUUGGACUAGUCAUUUUAAUCCCUCCAUUUAUCUGGCAUAUCAAAUCUAGAAAUGUCCCUGCUGUUCUUCUAAUAUUUUGGAUUGCCUUCUCAAAUUUGAAGGGAUUCAUUAAUGCACUCAUUUGGAGUGGUGAAGAUUUUGAAACAAAUUGGGAUGGGAAAAUAUAUUGUGAUAUUGUCACUAGACUUGAUGUUGGUAGCUAUAUUGGAAAACUAUGUGCAUUGGCUGCAAUCUCACUUAAUUUAUUUAUGGUUCUUCGUGGAUCAACAACGUUUUUGGGGAAUGGUAGAAAAAGAUUAAUUAUAAACCUUUGUAUUUGUUUGAUUAGUCCAAUUAUAUUAAUGAUUCUCGAUUUUUUUGUUGAUUCAUAUCGAUAUGGGAUUGUUCGUUAUAUGGGAUGUGGCGUGGCUAAUGCUACUACCUAUGUUGCUUUAAUUCUAUUAUCUAUUUGGAAAUUACUUUGGGGUUUUGUUACUAUUGUCUUUGCCAGUCUUACUCUUUAUACUUAUUAUAAAAAGAGAAAAGAUGUUAGUGACCUUCUCCGUUGUACAAAUUCGGGAUUAACUAGUAAAAAAUACUUGCGUCUAUUGGUAUUUUCUACUUUAAUGAUUCUAUGUUUGGCACCUCUUACUAUUUACUUAUUUGUUGAUGAUUCUCAUAACUUCACAGGAAGUUACAAUUGGCUGUAUAUACAUUGGGAAGGGUGGAGCACUGUUAUUCCUCGAGCAGAUUUCGGUUAUCAUGUGACAUAUCCAGAAUGGAUCAACAUUGUACUUCUGAUCAUAACAUUCAUGGUGUUUGGUCUCGGUUCUGAGGCGAUGAAGAUGUACAAAUCGUUUCUUGUAUCCACAGGACUUUUUAAGUCGGUCAUUGCUAAACAUGAUAGUAAAAAGCAAGCAGAAUACGAAGAAAAAUUGGCGAAAUUAUCCCAAACUCGUACUGUUAAAAAGCAAGAUACUGAACAAUCCGAAGAUACUGCAAUGGGAGAUCUUGACUUUGAAUUCAAGGAUCUUGUGAAUGAUUUUACAGCAUCUGAAUAUGGCGACACGAUUGGAGAAUACGACUUGGAACAGCAAGAAAAGCUGGUUCCUGGUGUAAGUUAUCUGUACGAAGUGACAAAGUUGGUAUGA